AUGUCCUUGUCCAGUCCGAAAUCCGAGAAUGACGAUACCGUCGUUGUUGACACUGAUGAAAAGGGCGAUGUUGUUACUUAUGAGCUUUUUUACAGCCCUCAAACAGCCAAAAUGCAUAAAGAGAACCAGGUCUCCGAUUUUGAUGAACGUAUUGCUAGAAUAGAGAAAUUAGUUGGCACCAGUGCUGGACAGGGCCUAGACAACAUGCCUCCCACCUUGGCCGCCUCGUCGCUUAUCAGCGCUAUUACCAAACUAGAACAACAGAUUACUAUUUUAUCCCAACCGAGACAUCUUGAAGCCGUGGCUCGAAGAGUCAAAGUUCUGAGUAGCGAAAUGGAUCGAUUGAAUGAAGUCAAGUCAGGCCGCAAGGAUCUUUCGACGUCAGUUGGCUUUGGCCUUUCCUCAGGCACCUCCGCUUAUUCAGCCGGCCUCACCGGGUUAUCAGCCUCUCCUGCUGCAAACGAUACCAGUAACAAAGAGAAUGCACCGCUUUCUAAUGAAGCAGAGAACAAGGUCAACCAGUUGUUCAGCACGAUGGAGAAGAUCGAUCCCUUGAUCCAUUUGACGCCAGCUCUGUUAACUCGUCUCAAGGCGCUUCAAGGAUUGCAUACAGAAGCUGCCACUUUUGGACGUUCGAUCAAGAUUAUUUCCACUGAACAAACUCGAAUGGCAGAAGAACUCAAGAGCCUGGAAACAACCUGCGAAACGGUAAGUCACAAAUCUUGGGAAUUGAAACCACUGUGA